AUGUCAAAGAAUAACAGGGCAUGGUACACCAGGGAUGCUGAAGUAGGAGAUCUUGGGUAUGAAGAUCAGGAUAUCAAUCUAGAUGAGGAGACUAAUUACCUGGGAAACCAAGGAGGUUUACAGAAUUACAACUCGGGAAACCAGGGUUACAAUUUUGGAAAUGCAGAUCGAAACUACUUAAGGGAAGGACAAUAUUAUAGGCCAACAAACAGAGAGCAAGAAAACUGGCAGAAUAGAGAUGGGUACAGAAAUGAUCGCAUUGGUGUCUAUGUGACCCCAGGAAAUAGUGAUCGGGCAAGUGGUAGUUCCAGCGGGUCUAAGCUGGAAGACAUGUUGGCCAAGGUGCUCCAAAAAGUUGAAUCAACUGAUGCAGGGGUAAAGGAGAUGAAAGCCUCAUUAAAUCAGAGGAAGAAUGGGUCACUACCAAGUGACACAAUCCAAAAUCCUAAGAAGGACGGGCAUUGCAUGGCUAUCGCCACCAGGAGUGGUAAGGUUCUAAAUGACCCAAUUUCUACAGGUACUAAACAUGAGCAAGUGUUGGAGCAAGCUGGAAGAGAGGAGGAUGAAGCUGAACAAGUAGAUGACUUUGAGGAUGCUCAACCAAUAGCAAAACAAGCAAGAGCAAAAGAAAAAGAGGUCAAGGGAACUAUGCCUCUUCAGCAGAUACCAAGACCACCUCCUCUUUUCCCUCAAAGGCUUAAAAAGAAAGUCGAAGAUGGGAAAUUUGUGAAGUUCAUCACCAUGCUACGACAGCUGUCAGUAAACAUCCCAUUGGUGGAAGCACUAGAGCAAAUGCCAAGAUAUGCCAAGUUCAUGAAGGACUUGGUCACAAAGAAAAAAUUUGUAAAUAUUGAUUUAACUGACAAUGUUCAUCACUACAGUGCUAUUGCUACCAGAUCUCUAGUACAGAAGAAGGAGGAACCGGGUGCAUUCACCAUACCGUGCACCAUCAGAUCAAUUGAAUUUGUGAAGGCCUUGUGUUACUUAGGGUCCCGUAUAAACUUGAUGUCGCUGGCCAUCUACAAGCAACUUGGAUUAGGAGUUCCAAAACCCACAGCCAUGAGGUUGAUGAUGGCAUAUAAGUCAGUGAAUAGACCUGUGGGCAUCCUAUGUGAUGUGCUCGUAAAGGUGGACACAUUCAUCUUUCCAGCAAACUUCGUGAUCUUAGAUUGCGAAGUGGAUUUUGAGGUUCCCAUUAUUUUGGGAAGACCAUUCCUGGCCACAAGGCGAGCAUUGGUAGAUGUUGAGCGAGGAGAACUGAAAUUCAAACUCAACAAAGAAGAGGUAAAGUUUAAUAUUUGA